AUGCAAGAAUUAUGGGUAUUAUUACAUUUUAUUAUGCCUACAUUGUUUGAUUCACAUGAUGAAUUUGCUAAUUGGUUUUUACGUGAUACUGAGUCUCAAGCCAGUGUUACAGCUAGAACUGGCUGUGGGGGAGCAGCGGGAGGAGGAAGUAUCAUUAGUAGCAGUGGAACUGGAUGUUUAAUAACUUCAAAAUUGAGUGAAAAUCAAUUGUCACGUUUAAAUUUAAUUUUAAAAUCAUUCAUGUUACGUAGGAUAAAAACUGAAGUUGAACAUGAAAUAUCUACUACGACUGAGAUUAUGUUAUAUUGUCCAUUAAGUCAUCGACAACAAAUAUUAUAUGAACGAUUACGUAGUAAGAUUCGUCUUUAA